AUGGCGGCACUGGCUCCCGGCGCGCGUUUGGGGUUGGCCGCCCCCUCCCGUCGAGCCUUCGUGGCUAGGACACCCAUACCCCGGGCUCGCCCCGCUGCCUGCGCCUGCGCCGCGCACCGCGUGACUGUCCUGCCGGGAGAUGGCAUCGGUCCCGAGAUCACCGCCGUGGCCCUGUCCGUCCUUGAGGCCGCUGGCCAGGCGGAGGGCGAGACCUUCACCUUCACCGAGGCUCUGAUCGGGGGGGCGGCCUACGACGCCACCGGGGACCCCUACCCGGAUGCCACUUACCGCGCCUGUGCAGACAGCGAUGCGGUGCUUCUGGCUGCCAUCGGAGGGUACAAGUGGGACUCGCUACCCAGCGCCAGCAAGCCCGAGACGGGGCUGCUGCGCCUGCGGUCCAGCCUGAAUGCCUUUGCGAACCUGCGACCCGCCAAGGUCAUCCCAGACCUGGCGGACGCCUCCUCCCUGAAGCGGGAGGUGCUGGAGGGGGUGGACCUGCUCAUCGUUCGGGAGCUGGUGGGCGGCAUCUACUUUGGCCAGCCCCGGGGUUUCGGCGAGCGCGACGGCGAGAAGGUUGGGUUCAGCACUGACAUCUACUCCGAGUCUGAGGUGGAGCGCAUCGCCCACGUCGCCUUCAAGGCGGCGCGCACGCGCUCGCGGCGGCUGACCUCCGUGGACAAGGCGAACGUGCUGGAGGUGUCGCAGCUCUGGCGUGAGGUGGUGACGCGCGUGGGAGCAGAGUACCCCGACGUCGAGCUGAGCCACAUGUACGUGGACAACGCGGCCAUGCAGCUGAUCCGCAACCCUCGCUCCUUUGACACGCUGGUGACCAGCAACCUCUUCGGCGACAUCCUGUCGGACGAGGCGGCGAUGCUGACCGGGUCACUGGGCAUGUUGCCCUCGGCCUCCAUCAGCAACGAUGGGCCGGGCGUGUUUGAGCCGGUUCACGGCUCGGCGCCGGACAUUGCGGGGCAGGACAAGGCUAAUCCGCUGGCCAUGGUCCUCUCCGCGGCCCUCAUGUGCCGUCACGGUCUUGGCAUCCCGGCCGUCGCGGGGCGGCUGGAGGCGGCGGUGGCGGCCGUGCUUGCCUCCGGCGUCCGCACGGGCGACAUCGCGCAGCCCGGGAAGCAGACGAUAGGCUGCAAGGCGAUGGGUCGUGCCCUGCUUGAAGCUCUGGCCGCCCCUGUGGCUGCUUGA